AUGAUCUUUGGAUUCGGAUCAUCGAGGGCGGAGUUUGCGAUGGGCAAACCUCCUUGUGCGAUCGAUACUAUGAGUCUGAGACUGAGAGAGGUCGUCGCGUGCGAUUGGAUUGGAUCGUUUGUGCGCCCAUCCAUUAUUUCCGUAGACCGAGCGGCUGGAAGGGACACCGGCAAUCCUCAUCCAACAGGAGGCUGCCCCCUCCUCCCUGCUGUUCUUGUCGACCCUGUGCUGCGAGUGGGAGCAUGGAGUGUGUAUGGCGGGAGGGCGGGCUGUUAUUCAACCAGGUUCAUCUCUGUGACCGCCAACCCCCGACGGGUAUACCUUUGCAUGGCCUCCAGCCUCCUGUCCCGUGCUCUACAAGCAGAGUAG